AUGGCUUAUAAAAUAUAUGGUGAAGGGGAAAAAAAGAUAUUAUUUGUUAUGGGUGUAUUAUCAAAAGGAAAUAAUUGGUCAUCAUCAGUUGAAUAUUUUAAACAAUUUCCAAAAUACCAAAUCUGUAUAUUUGAUCAUUCUGGUGUUGGUGAAUCUUCAAAUUCUUCAUUAUUUGGUAUUAAUGGCCUUGCCUCUGAUACUUUGGAAUUACUAGACUAUUUGAAAUGGGAUAAAGUAAAUGUUGUUGGAAUAACAAUGGGUGCAUCAGUAUCAUAUGAGUUAUCAAUUAUCGCUCCAAAUAGAAUUAAAACUUUAAAUCUUACAAGUUUUUGUCAAAAUAUUGAGAAAACACUAUUCCAGAAUGGUAUUCAAAGAUUAUUAAAACUUCAAUUACAUUCACUACUUUAUGAUAUUGAUGAACCAACCUUAAUUUCAAAUAUAAUGUUUUCACAAUCUUAUUUAGAAUCUAAAUCAAAAAUUAAACCAAUUGGGAAAAAUAAGGACUAUGUCAUACCAUUAACUGGAAAAUUAGCAAAUGAUUUAAAAUCAGUUUCUUGGAAAGCUAAACUCUCUCAUAUCUAUUCAUUGAUUUCUUAUAAAAUUAAACAACCAUAUAAACCAAAGAGAUAUGCUGGUCAUGCUUUAUAUGCUGAAGAUAUUAAAUCUUAUAAUGAAAAUGUUGAAAAAUUCAUUUCAUCUAAACAAAAUUUAUCAAAUAAAUUUCUAAUUCAUGAAACAUUGGAAUAUAAUUCAAAAACUAUUUUAAAUGAUCAUUAUUCUCAUUUAAAUUAUCAAAAAAUUCCAAUAUUACAAACUCCACUAUUUUUAAAUACAAAAAAUAAUUUAAAUAAUAAUUUUGCAAAUUUUAAAUCAACAUUGUUGGAAAAAAUUUAA